CCCCCUGCACCGCCCCUCCCGCCGAGAGCUCUCGGAGCGCGCCCGCGAGCCACCCCGGCCCAGCUCUGUGGGAAGGCAGUGGCCCUGGUGUCUGUAAGAAGAUGUCCUACGGAUCCAUCGCUGGCAGUGGUGGCCCGGGGAGCCAUGGCCCUUUUGGGGGACCCUCCAGGCAAGGCUAUCAGCCCCUAGAAUGCGCUGAAUGUCGGACCGAGUACGGAACCCGCCAUUUCCCCUGCCUGUCGCCAGAGAGCAGCCCGCAGGACCCCUGUGUGGGCCAGGACGGGGAAGGUGAUCUGGGGUCGGCGGGCACGCCCAGAGGCCCGAGGGCCAGGAAGCGAGGGCCAGGGGUCACUCCUGAAGGCAGUGGGGCGCCGGGGCCCACCUCGCUGCCCGCUGCUGGCCUGAGGAAGGACUGCGCCCGUGGGGCCCGUGGCCGGCUGGCGGGGCCCAGUGCCACGCGGGCCAAGAAGAGGAAGCCCAACUUCUGCCCACAGGAGACGGAGGUCCUGGUGUCCAAGGUCAGCAAGCACCACCAGCUGCUGUUCGGCCCGGGGCUGCUGAAGGCCGAGCCGGCCCGCAGGUACUGUGUGUGGAGCUGCAUCCUGCAGGCCGUGAACGCCCUGGGCUACUGCCGCCGCGACAUCGUGGACCUCAAGCACAAGUGGCGGGACCUGCGUGCCGUCGUGAGGCGCAAACUGGGUGACCUGCAGCGUGUGGCCCACGGCCCCGGCGGGCCCCAGGCCCUGGCCCUCACGCCCGUGGAGCAGGCGGUGGCCAAGACCUUCUCCUGCCAGGCCCUGUCCCCCGAGGGCUUCGGCCCGGAGCCGCUCCCAGGCUCCUUCCUCUGCCUCAUGCUCAUGUGGUUCCGGGUCCCCUGA